UGGUUGCGUAAGUACCGCUUCUUUUGCCGGGCAGCACCCCCUUCCUCAAAUCAGAUGCGGUGUCUCCCUGUAAGGGUGAGCAUGGUCUCUCUCUACAUGGGGGGCGAUCGAUGGCUUCGGAGCAAGAGUCGCCGCGGGUUGAGGUCUUGUCAACGUUCAACCUGGGAUUUGAAGUCUUGGGAGACCCCGCAGGUCCAAACAUGCGACUUUCCCCAGAUUUUGAUACUGUUUGUUUCCUUCUCGCUAGACCCCGUGUGCCAUUCGUCUUGUACGCUACCUGCCGUCUCUCUUUCCUGGGACAGAGGUGUUGAUGACAUCGUUUUCACAUCGCCGUGCUGGUUCGGGAACAGCGCGGGAGAAGAGCAACCACAUGUUCAACACUAUGCAUCUUUGAUGUACAUCUUUUUUUUCCUUGCCUGGGCUAGGUUGUGGUGAAGAAAUCCUUCUCUCCGCAGAUUCAAGCGACGAUAGACGAGAUCAAACCGACACGAUGCUCGAAAAGCGCUUCAGUAUCCCGAUGUCCAAACCAAUAUCUCUCCCAAUACACACAUCCUCGAAUCGAAUGAAGAUGAAAAUAAAACACCGACAAAAGCGACGAAUAACACAAAUAACACUCAUCGCGGGUGGAAUCCUCGUGUUUUACUGCUUUGUGUUUCUCUGGAGGACACCAUCACCAUCAUCGUCGUCGUCGUCGUCGUCGUCUUUGAAGCCAGCACUUUCCAAACAACUAAGCCAAAGACCGCCACCCCCAGAGCUGCUCAACAAUCUUUCCCUAGACGAAGACCAAUGCAAUGCUGCCUUCCCAGGCCUCACCAAAGAAAUCGACGAUGCCGUCGCCAAGGGUCCGUUCACCAUGAAGAGAUACUCCAACAACCAAGGCCCAUUACAAGGAAGGAUAAAAGACGGGCAAAUCUACAUCAUCCACGCCCAGCGACGAAAAGAUCUGUCACAAGAAAUGUCAAACUCCCGCACCGCCUCCCUCCACCAACUCAACCGCGCCCUCCUCACCUCCCCCUCCCCCCUCCCAAACACCCUCUUCACCCUCAACUUCCAAGACACCCCCUUCGGCACAGCCUGGUCCUACUCCCGCCCCGCCUCCUCCCCCAUCUUCCCCCCCAAAUCCCCCUCCCCAACCAACACCCAACAACAACGCCUCUUCCUAAUCCCCCACUUCUCCUUCUGGUCCUGGCCCCUCCCCUUCAUCCGCUCCCUCCCCCACGCCGCCUCCCUCAUCACCUCCCUCGAAUCAACCCUCCCCUUCCCCUCCAAAAUCCCCAAAGCCGUCUGGCGCGGAACAACCUGGUUCAACUCGGUCCUCUCCCCUCACCUCCGCCAAAACCUCCUCCAAACCACCCGCCCCCACCCCGAAAUCUUCGACGUCCAAAAGUUAGAGUGGACAGGCAAAAACCGCAACGCAACCAACGCCUUGCCCAUCCAGGACUUUUGCCGCUACAAAUACGUCAUCCACACCGAGGGAAUCGCCUACUCGGGCCGGUUUCAAUUUCUGCAAAUGUGCCAGAGCGUCGUUUUGACGCCCCCCAUUCUCUGGAUGCAGCACACCACCCAUCUUGUGAGACCCGUUUACAGUGGGGAGUUGACCGGCAAGAGAUGGGAGACGACUGAACGAGUCAAGGGCGCUUGGGGGACGGGUGUGGACGCGAGGGAGGCGAAUAUUGUUUUUGUCAAGCCUGACUGGUCUGAUCUGGAGGAGACGGUGAGGUGGUUAGAAGAAAACCCAGAGGUUGCCGAGGGGAUCGCCACCAGGCAGAGGGAGCUGUUUGUCGGAGGGGGGUAUUUCUCCAAAGCGGCCGAGGCGUGUUACUGGAGGGCGUUGGUGACGGGGUGGGCAAAAGUUGUGAGGCCCGAGGGAGGGGAGGAGGCCUGGGAGGAGGGAAUGCCGUUUGAGGAAUUUAGUCUGACGAAUUCGUUCGAGUGACGAGAUUUGCUGGUGAUGAAGUUCCUGUACAUACAAGGGAUGAUGAUUGGCGUUUUGGUUGGCUUCUCUGGAUUGGUUAUCUCUCGUACCUAUCCUAACCGUAAAUAUAAACCCUGUUUUCGCUUGCUUGAAAGAAACAAUGUCUCUGUUUCGUUGGAAGAAGAA